AUACCAUGUAUAAGCUCAUUGAAUCCUGCUUUACGGAUUUGAUUUCUCAUUUUUCAUUAAUUUUUUUGCCUCAAAUCAAGUUUGCCAAAAUAGUUUUAUUCUUUGUGCUACCCCGCUUAGUUCCCAUUGAUAGACAACGAUGUCGAUUCUAGAUUCAGACUUUAAAUAUAUGUAUCCUGUAUGUUUUCAAAUAGAAAUAAAGUACAUGAUUUUACUUUUUAUAAUCAAAGGGGCGAUAAUCAUUAAAUCUUAAUGUUUUUUAUAUCUUAAACAUAGUAAUCAUUCUGCAAAAUCCCUUGUCUCUAAUAGAAUAUUGCCAACAAUACAAUGGAUCGAAAAAGGAAUGCAUCUGCUCCACGCAGUCAAACGUUGGACAAGUUCUUCACUUCAAAAAAGAAAAAGACUGGUAGGUCCACUCGUCUUUUAUCUCUUCCAACCAAACCUAGCAAAAAGAAAAUAAUUUUUCUAAUUAAGUUUGUUUGUUCUUGUGUAUCUCUCGCUUCCCUCCCUCCCCCUCUCUCUCCCUCUCUCUAUGCUAUGAGCGCCGGAGCAGGUAGCCUAGCAGAUGGAGAUAAAUAUGCAAUAUCUAUUUCGAUUGAAACUAUUCAAAAUAAUGUAUUGAUUAAACAAGAGUGAUGAUGUAACUAAUAGGAUAAUGCAAGUUUGAUCACAAUACAAAAAUAUAUAUCUAUUCUUUUAUUUGCUUUUGCAGAAGACAUGGUGGGCAUAGAAAUUGUACCAGAACCCCAGUCUGACGUAGCUUCCACUUCAUCAGCUUGUGAUUUUCAGUCCAAAACACUACCUGAAGACAAGGCGUGUGCGUCUAAAGACUCCCAAGUUAACUUACAGAUGAUAGACCCACAAGUAGACAUUGGAGAAAUGUUGGCUAAGGGGAAGGAAAAAUUGCAACACACUGAUCUAGUGCGUGCCAUAAAAAAUCGCUAUGUACCAAAAAAGGAUCGUCUACCAUAUUCAAUGCACAAAAAGGGAGGUAAAAUGGAGAAAAAGUUCCUUGGUAGGCACUACUACGAUACAUUUCCGUGGCUUACAUCAAGUGAAAUGGAUGGAUUUGAAGGUGCUUGGUGUAUCUGGUGUGCAAUAUUCAAGUCUUCAAGCUCAUGUGGUGGCCACUGGGAUAUGGGGUUACAAAGUGUGGGCACAUUAGUAAAGAAACCACUGAAAUCCUUUGCUAAACUAACAGGAAAAGAUGGUGCUCUGACAUCCCAUGCAAACACCAACUAUCAUAAGUCUGUUGCCAGCAAAGUCACAGAAUUUCUUGCUCGAAACCAGACAGAUGGAAAAAAUGACAUAGCAAGUAUUAUAGACAGAAAUAGGGAAGAGAUAAGACAAGAGAAUAGAUCAGCACUGAGAAUUACUGCUGAUACCCUUCUAACAUGUGCCCGUCAAAAUAUAGCAUUAAGGGGGCACAGGGAUAGUGGAAGACUUAGUCUAGACGAGCCAGACGAAAAUGAUGGAAACCUUAGAGCUCUCUUAAGGAUGAGAAUCCGCGCAGGUGAUCAAACACUGCUUAAUCACGUCAAGCACGGUCAGGGAAAUGCCCAAUACAUUAGCCCAGAGAUUCAAAAUCAGCUGAUAGAGUGCACUUCAGACCUAAUAAAGAGGAAAGUUCUCCAAAGGGUUUACAAGGCCGGCAUAUGGAGUGUAAUCGCUGACGAAACAACAGACAGGAAAAAGAGAGAGCAACUCACCAUUGCUUUAAGAUACGUUGAGAUUAUUGAAGAAGAUGAUAAAAUAAAGGCAAACGUUGUAGAGUCCCCUAUCUGUGUAAUAGAUGUGCUACAAGAGAUGGCAGAAAAGGUUGGAAUAGACCCAAGCGAUGGCCAUAGUGAGCUGGCGAUGAGUGGACGCAAUAUCGGUACAGUCAUCCUAGCUAAACUAAAGGAACUAAAUCUGGACCUAAGCAAACUAGUUGGUCAGGGAUAUGAUGGAGCUAGUAGCAUGGCCAGCCAACAAGUUGGUGUAGCUGCUAUAGUAAAAGAUGAAGCCCCCCUCGCCGAAUAUUUCCAUUGUGCCAUGCACAUGCUGAACCUCUGUGCAACCAGAUCAACUCGGGUUGUUUCCAUUCGAAACUGUCUAGACACAAUACAGCAAAUGACAUCCUUCUUCAACAGUAGUGCCAAGAGGGUCAUCCAUCUAGAAGCAGAAAUUGCAAAUGCGGGCAUAGAUGAGAAUAAGCAACGAAGGCUUAAAACUCUCUGUCAGACAAGGUUCCUCGAAAGACACGAAGCCGUGAUAAACACCCUCUCUCUCUUGCCUUCAUUCGGGUGGUAGAAAAUAUGACAGGAUGGCAAAUGCCAGAUGCAAGAAGAAACGCUUCAAGU